AUGAGCGCUCCGACUUGGGACAUGGCUGUUUUCGCCAACCCGAGCAGACCGUCGACCGCCCUGCACGACGAACAGACCCCCGACGAAUCCGGAGACACCUCGCAGGCCGCGCCACUCAAAUUGAUGGAGCUGGGAUCAGAGCUGAAUGGCACGGCGGUCGAGCAAACGACGAAGUUCUGGUUGACUGCGGGAGAGGUCCACAGGGGGGAUCUCCUUCGAACGGGAAACAGAUUCGACUGCCGCGGUAUCGAGUUCCCUGGGACGGCUCAGCAGUUCGAACUCGCACUGAGGCAGACUGGCUUUGACAUCGACACGGAUGACUGGAAUACCGCUGAUUCCUGCAACAUCAACCUCAGGCCGGGACAGGAAGUCAAAUCCCCCCUUUUGGUGGAGAUGUACCUCACAGACGGGGAUACAACCUCAGUAUCCGUGUCUCGGUCGACUGUGCAGGGAUUGUGGCGUCGGAUCGAACGCUCAGUCAACGAAAGGGCUGUAUUUUCCUCGGAUGGCAAGGAAUUUCGCUGCCGGAUGCUCUACGCGUGGAAAGAGCCCGAUGCGCAGGCUGCGCUGGACAGGCUUCGAGAAAGGUUUCCGCCUUACGGAGCAGAGCUUGACUCUCAACUCGGCUCUCAGUCAGCCGACAACAAUCCUGCUCAGACCCGCCAGGAGGAAGACACUGUCGGCGGGGAUGCAGGUGAGGCUCAGGCUCCAAUCGACGAGACACCCCGAGUAGUCAGUGCGUUCACCUAG